AAAAAGACGCCGCUCGUCUCUUCAGAGAAUUUCACCUUCUAGGGUUUGUUCAAGGUACACGCUGCUACUAUCUCCCUUUAAUGGAACGGGCUUCAGUUUCUGAUAUAGUAGAUUCGAUAGACUUGUCUCUCGAGAUGUGAAGAUGGAAUGAGAAGAAACGAGUUUUUAGCUUCAUUUCCUCUUGGAUUAGCUUCAUUUUUCAUCUACUUAGAGUGUAAUUGACUAUGUUAGAUUGAAAGUCGAAUCUGCGAUACAGAUCUCACUUCCCAUUUUCCAGAGAAGUCUUGGGAAAAUGAGUCGUGGAGGUGCAGCUGUUGCCAAGGGAAAGAAGAAGGGAGUUUCCUUCACCAUUGAUUGUUCAAAGCCUGUCGAUGACAAGAUCAUGGAGAUUGCUUCCCUUGAGAAGUUUCUUCAGGAGAGGAUCAAGGUCGGUGGCAAAGCUGGUGCACUUGGUGAUUCUGUCACAAUCACACGUGAGAAGAGCAAGAUCACUGUCACUGCAGAUGGCCAAUUCUCCAAGAGGUAUUUGAAGUACUUGACAAAGAAGUACCUGAAGAAGCACAAUGUAAGGGAUUGGCUCAGAGUGAUUGCAGCAAACAAGGACCGUAACCUCUAUGAGUUGAGGUACUUCAACAUUGCUGAGAACGAAGGAGAGGAGGAAGACUAAACCUCAGAAUCCAGUUUGGUUUAGAAGUAUACUCUAUUCCAUGUUUCUGUUUUUUGGUUUCUACUCGGUAUUCAAUACAAUUUGUCUUUUCCCUUCUGUCAUUUUUGUCAGAUGUUAUUUAGUUUUGUUCCAGUUAACUCUUGUUGGUUAUCUUACUUUAAGAGCUCAUAUGGA